AUGUGCAGAAACUUUAACAUCGAUGAAGAAGAUCUUUGUCUUAAAUUUGAAGCCUAGAAAACAAACUGGAUGAAUCAAAACUCAGACUAAUGGAAUAAAGUUGAAGCUCCUUUUGAGAUUAUUUAUGAUAUUGUGCUCACUUAACUCUAGCAACAGCAGGCAAAGUCAAAGCAGACUGCUGGAAAAUCUUUAGGAAAUGUCAAUUCAAACAUAAUUAAUAAAAACUAGCAAGCAUUGCCCAUUAACAGUUUGAGAGUUAACGCAAUAAACAAUGGCUCUUCAAUAGGAUUGAAUGGUAUGAAGAAUGAGGCAAGAUACCUAACAGACUUAUUAACUCAGGCUAAAAAGAAGUCUAAUUUGAAUUCUAAGUAAAAGGGUGGAGAAGGCAAGAUCGAGUAGGAAUUAGAUUAGCUUUAUAUCUCAAGGAAGUCAAGAGGAAAUCAAAGACUUACUUUUAAUGAUCAGAUUACAAGGAGAACUGGAUUACAGAAUAUCGGAGGUUAUUUCCAAAUUAAUGUCAAGCCUAUUGAGAAAUUCGAGAUUUUGAAUCUUACUUCUUUAUAAAGGGUGCACGGACUGCAGAAGCAUUUUGAUUAUAUAGAGAAUGUGAUGAAGCAUCAACUAAGGACCGAGACCUUCAAUGAUCUUGGAGAGACUGGAACUGAUGCCCAAAGGAUCAUCGGAAGAGUAGUAGCAUUUAAUGCAGAUGAGGAGAAGUUUUCGGAGAAUAACGUUGGACUCAUUAACUUAAGUGAGGACAACUAAUUCGAUACUCAUAAAAUGAGACUUAAUAUGAGUGAAGUAAAGUCCUUCUCAUUAUUCGAGGGAGAAGUUAUUGUAGCUGAGGGCUUCAUUGAUAUUUCCACUGCUUCUAAAUUCAAUGUUACUAGAAUUCAUAAGCCAAUGUCUUCAAUUCCUACAAGCAAUAUGGGACUAAGUGAAGUGAGAGACAUAACUAGUCAAUAUUACAGAGAUAAGCAUCUAAACAUAAUGAUUGCCAGUGGUCCAUUCACUUUUAAGAACUCCUUGAGCUACAAAGGACUUUAAGACUUUUUAGAGAUUGUCAAGAAAGAACAACCUCAAGCAGUUAUACUCCAGGGUCCAUUCUUAGACUUUAGCAACCUUGAUAUUUACUCAGGAGAAUUAUUCUACGAUGAUAUCAAGACUAUGGAGAAAGUAUUUGUUACUCAUGAAGAGCUAUUUUAGGACUUAAUUAAUCAGAUUCAAAAUGAGCUCUAAGAGCUGAAAAAUACUUAAGUCAUUUUCGUACCAUCACAUAAAGAUAUCCACCAUAUUCAGCCUUUACCCUAGCAGCCAUUCCACCCUAAAUAAUUUAACAAAAUGUUUAACUAGGCUAUUCUAGCUGGAAAUCCCUCCAUGGUGUAGCUUAAUGAUAUUAGGAUAGGAAUUAUUAACGCAGACUUUGUCAAGGAAAUGUGCUAAACCAUGAUUGCAAAGAAUAUGGAACCACCAAAGAUCGAUCUUUCACUAUAGGCUGUUUUCUAACAAAAACUGCUGUAUCCACUCUAUCCACCCAACCAUGAGACACCUAUUGAAUACUCUGAGAUACAAUAAAUGAUGCUUGACUAAUCAGGAACUCCUGAUAUUCUUUUGACUUCGUCAGAUCUAAUUCAAUUUUCAAAGAAUAUUGAUGGAUGUAUUUGCAUUAACCCUGGUCAAAUAAUAAAAAGUGAUGCAGGUGGAACCUAUUGUUCAAUUACACUUGAACCUUUUGACUAUGUGCAAUAUCUAAGCAAAAGAAUUAGAGUAGAAAUCAUAAAUAUCUGA